AUGAUUUUGAUUGAAAAUUUCAAAUUAUGUUUAACUUUGUCAAUAAUCGGACAGUUAUCUGGUCUUUCGUUUAAUCAACCAAAACUUUGUCCAGCAGCAACGUGGGGCUCCAUUGGAACUGUUUUUGCUGGAUAUGAUAUAAUUCAUGGGAUGCCAUAUUCUAUAUUUAUUACAACUAAUAAUUCCAUUUAUGUUGUUGUUCAAGCAAUAUCUCAUAUUUAUAUUUGGUUGAACAAUUCUGUUAAUCCGACCAUAACAAUAACAGAGUCCUCCUCAUAUCCGCAAUCAAUAUUUGUUAAAAAUGAUAAUGAACUUUAUAUUGAACGAGUGACAUUGUCCAAACGUAACAUCGAAAAAUGGAUAUUAAGUACAAAUCGUAGUACUCCUGUCAUGAAUGUUAUUACAUCAUGCUACAGUAUUUUCAUUGAUAUCCUUAACAACUUAUACUGUUCACACGAUCAACAACAUAAAGUUGUGAAAAAUUGGUUGGAUGACGACGAUACAACACCGAUGAUUGUAGCUGGAACUGGAUUUGCUGGUCCGACUUCGAAUACCUUGUAUUCGCCAAGUGGACUUUUUAUUGAUGCUAAUCUUAAUUUGUACGUGGCUGAUUUUGGAAAUCACCGGAUUCAAAAAUUUCGAUCAGGAGAAUCACAUGGAAUUACUGUUGCAGGUGCAACAUCAUUAAAUAUUACAACUAGUCUUAACUAUCCAACUGGUGUGACAAUGGAUGGUGAUGGUUAUUUAUAUAUUAUUGAUUCUAAUAAGAAUCGCAUUGUUCGAGGAGGAUUAAAUGGUUUUCAGUGUAUACUUGGAUGUGUUGCUUCUGGUUUAGCAGCGAAUCAAUUAUCGGGGCCACGUGAUAUGGCUUUUGAUAGUAAUGGUAAUAUCUAUGUUGCUGAUUCGCGUAAUGGACGGAUUCAAAAGUUUUCCUAUUCGAAAACUUCAUGUGAUCCAAUUACAAAUGUUUCUUUAAUAGCAUCGUCACGAAGUCCUUCGUUUAAUCAACCAAAGUUUUGUCCAGCAGCAGCGUUCAAUCCAUUCGGCACUACUUUUGCAGCAAAUAAUAUAAUUCAUGGGAUGCCAUAUUCUAUAUUUAUUACAACUAAUAAUUCAAUUUAUGUUGUUGCUCAUGCAUUACCUAACAUUUAUAUUUGGUUGAACAAUUCUGUUAAUCCGACCAUAACAAUAACAGAAUUCUCCACAUAUCCACAAUCAAUAUUUGUUCGAAAUGAUAAUGAACUUUAUUUUGAACGAGUGACAUUGUCCAAACGUAACAUCGAGAAAUGGAUAUUAAGUACAAAUCGUAGUACUCCUGUCAUGAAUAUCAUUGCACCAUGCUAUAGUAUUUUCAUUGAUAUCCUUAACAACUUAUACUGUUCACACGAUCAACAACAUAAAGUUGUGAAAAAUUGGUUGGAUGAUGACGAUACAACACCGAUGAUUGUAGCUGGAACUGGAUUUGCUGGUCCGACUUCGAAUACCUUGUAUUCGCCAUACGGAGUUUUUGUUGAUGCUAGUCUUAAUUUGUAUGUGGCUGAUUUUGGAAAUCACCGGAUUCAAAUGUUUCCACAAGGCGAAUCACAGGGAAUUACAGUUGCAGGUGAAAAAUCAAUAAAUAUUACCAUUCGUCUUCUAUAUCCAACUGGUGUGACAAUGGAUGGUGAUGGUUAUUUAUAUAUUGUUGAUUCUUAUAAUCGCCGCAUUGUUCGAGGAGGAUCAACUGGCUUUCGAUGUAUCAUUGGAUGUAUCACUCUCAGUUUAGCAGGGAAUCAAUUAUCGGGGCCACGUCAUAUGGCUUUUGAUAGUUAUGGAAAUAUUUAUGUUGCUGAUUCGGGUAAUGGACGGAUUCAAAAAUUUUCUUAUGCAAAAGUUUCAUGUAAUCCAAUUACAAAUGUUUCUUUACUAACAUCUUCGCGAAGUCUUUCGUUUAAUCAACCAAAGUUUUGUCCAGCAGCAACUUGGAAUUCAUUUGGAACUACUUUUUUUGCUGGAAAUAAUAUAAUUCGUGGGACGCCAGAUUCUAUAUUUAUUACAACUAAUAAUUCAAUUUAUGUUCUUGCUCAACGAAUAACUAACAUUUAUAUCUGGUUGAAUAGUUCUGUUGAUCCAACCAUAACAAUAUCAGAUUACAGUUCAUCUUCGAGAUCAAUAUUUGUUCAAAACGAUAAUGAAUUUUAUAUUGUACGAGGAAAUUCGAACAAACAUACCAUCGAAAAAUGGAUAUUAAAUACAAAUAGUAGUACUCCUGUCAUGGAUAUCGUUGCACCAUGCUAUAGUAUUUUCAUUGACAUCGUUAACAACUUAUACUGUUCACUCAAUCAAUACCAUAUAAUUAUGAAAAAUUGGUUGGACGACGACGAUACAACACCGAUGAUUGUAGCUGGAACUGGAGUUUAUGGUCCGACUUCGAAUACCUUGACUCAGCCAAGUGGACUUUUUGUUGAUGGUAGUCUUAAUUUGUAUAUUGCUGAUUCUGGAAACCACCGUAUUCAAAUGUUUCCACAAGGAGAAUCACAUGGAAUUACUGUUACAGGUGCUACAUCAAUAAAUACUACCAUACGUCUUAACUAUCCAACUGGUGUGACAAUGGAUGGUGAUGGUUAUUUAUAUAUUGUUGAUUCUAAUAAGAAUCGCAUUGUUCGAGGAGGAUCAACUGGCUUUCGAUGUAUACUUGGAUGUAUUACUUCUGGUUCGGAAUCCUAUAAAUUGUCGUGGCCACGUGACAUGGCUUUUGACAGUGAUGGAAAUAUUUAUGUUGUUGAUGCGGGUAAUCAACGAAUUCAAAAAUUUUCUUAUCCAAAACUUUCAUGUGAACCAACGACAACAAUAACACGUACAACAAGUUCACCCGUGGCAUCACAUUCAACAAAGGCUUUGGCUGGAUAUUUCAUUCAAUGCUUGAUGUUUUUUAUGCUUUAUAUUUAA